UGCAUAGAAGGAAGAAUCAAAAACUCUCCUAGGCAAAAACCAGAUCCUUCUCUCUCCCGUGUUUUUUUAACCUUUUAUUGUGCUCUUGAUUAUUUUAUGAUUACAACUAGUUGUAUUAUCAUCUCCAUUGAUCUUCAUCUCAGCCUCGAUUUUCUAACCCCCUUCAGAUUUGAAUCAUGAAGUCUCCUCAUUCCUUCCUUCCUCUCUUCUCCUCUCUCUAUAUGCUAUAUUAGGUGACCACUUUCCCAGCCUUCAAACCUCCCCUUUUUGAAGCCACCCCCGUUUUAGUUGAAACCUCUUCAACUCUUUCAUGGUGCUAAAACAGUGAAACUCAUACUCCUCUUGGAAAUUUCACUCCACAUUUGUUUGUGUAUUGCUUUUGUGCAGAAAGAAUUAACCCAUUUUUGCGAUAUGGCUCAAUUACACGAGUUACUGAAAGAAGAUCAGGAGCCGUUUCUUCUGAAGAGCUACAUUGCUGACAAACGCGGUCAGCUGAAAAGACCAUCCCCCAGAACCCAGUUGCAGGUCAAGAAACGAAGACCCAUCUCGGAAGUUUCCAACUUCCCCAGAAAUCUAUGCAAAAAUGCUUGCUUUUUUUCCCUCCAAGACUCGCCGGACCUCCGCAAGUCGCCGCUCUUUGAGUUCUCGUCGCCGGCGGCCAAGUCCCCAUGCAAGAGUCCCAAUGCCAUUUUUCUACAAAUCCCGACCAGAACCGCAGCUCUUCUCGUCGAAGCUGCCAUGAGGAUUCAGAAACAGUCGACCAGUUCCAAACCCAAAAACCAUGGCUUUGGGCUAAUUGGGUCGUUCUUGAAGAGACUGAAGACCCGAACCCAAAAGCGUGAAAUCGAAGAGAAAAGGGUUAAGAUCUCUGCCAAAGACAUUCAAAGGUGGGAUUCAUCGGUUGGGCGUAGACAGAUUUCAUCUGAAGACAGUCAGAUAAAAAUGGAGGAGGACAAGUUUGAUUCUGGUCCGAGUUUGGAGCACCGACAAAGUGCUUAUGAAAUAAGCAAUACUUGUGAGGUGUGCUUUGCUUCUUCUAAUGUGAACAGUAGGCCCAGUAGUGAAGUGUGGUCUUUGGAGAUGGACACUUCGACUAGUAGUCAGUCGGAUUACACGGAAGCCAUUUUGGGUUCAACAGAUUGCGUUUGCUGCGAAGCCAAGGUCUUUUGUGACAGCCCUUUCCGUUUUGUGCUCGAAACAUCACCCUCGCCGUCCGGUAGCCGGACACCGGAGUUCACAUCGCCGGCAACUUCCCCUGUUCGCCACAGACAAGAGGAGAAGGAAGGGCUAAAGAAUUUCCAAGUUGAAGAAGAGGAGGAAGAUAAGGAACAGUGUAGUCCUGUAUCAGUGUUGGACCCUCCAUUCGAAGAUGAUGACGAGGAGCAUGACGAGGAAGACGAAGAACAUGGUUUUGAUCUGGAAUGCAGCUAUGCCAUUAUGCAGAGGACAAAGAAGCAGUUAAUGCAGAAGCUCCGUAGAUUUGAGAGAUUGGCAGAGUUAGAUCCAAUUGAACUCGAAAAAAGAAUGUUAGAAGAAGGUGAUGAUGAAGAUGAAGAUGAAGAGUAUAACAGCAUUGGUGAUAUAGAAGCCGAAUCAGAAGAAUGUGAUGAUGAUGAGUCGAAAACAUCAGAGAGCAGUUGGGAGGAUAAUCUUGAGGGGUUGAUCAGAGAAGUACUUUGCAAAUCACGCUUUCCUAGUUUGAAGAGAAUACCGGAAGACCUGAAGAGGCUGGUGUCAGAUCUUAUUGUUGAGGAGCAGAGAGAAGUGGAUGACGGUUUCAGCAAUAGAGAAGAAGUAGUGAGAAGGGUCUGCAAGAGGUUCAACUCCUGGAACGAGGUAGAGUCAAACACCAUAGAUAUGAUGGUGGAACAAGAUUUCAGAAAGGAACUCAAUGGGUGGAAACAAAAUCAAGGUCAGGUGGGAGAGACUGCAGUAGAGGUUGAGCUUGCUAUCUUCAGUCUUCUAGUUGAGGAAUUGGCAAAGGAACUCAACUAGGUUGGUUAACUUGAUUAGUAUCAACUAGGAUAAACUUUGAGAUGUUAGGGAUCAUUAAAAGAGUUCGGGGUAAUAUUUAUUUAAUUUUUUUUGGCCGCUUCCAAAUCCAAAGUAUGAUCACUUGGACUCUUGGAGUAUAGUCUGACAUGCCCCGGGAAGAAGGAAUAGGCUACUAAGCAAGGAGAUGGUAUCAUGGUAUUAUGUAUAUGAAUCAUGUAUGUACGUAUCCUUUGCUUAUUCAGAUAUGAUAUGUACAAUUCUCAGCUCUUCAUAAUCUUCUAUAUUAUCUCCUGCCAUAUCACCUCUAUGUUAGAUGAUAAAUUCUCAAUCAUAUCAACGACAUUUAGAAGAUUAUGUAAGAGAGGGGCAGGUAGAGAUAGUAGCAGGUAGCUAGGGUGUCUUACAAAUGAUGAAGAAGCAUCAAACUG